AUGAAGAGAAUUCUCCUAUGAAGAAUAAAAGUACUUGAUUCUGGGAAAACUCUUAAAGCACUUCUAACUUCAAAGCUGGAGAAAAGUAUGAAGGAACAAUCCAUCUGACUCUCUCAGCAUCUCACACAGAACACAGAAUGGCUCUUCAUACAAAAACUGGCACUGGCAUGUUGAAGGAUUGGUGUUUGGAGGAACCGCUGUUUGGCUGCAGACGGCACCAGAAUGUCAGGAAAAAACUGAGACUGAUACGAAUUAUAGGGCUUCUUGUCAGUGUAGUGGCCAUUAGUACUUCUUCUCUUUUGUUUAGUGCCUUUUUCAAGAUGGAACCACAUAGCAUGGUGUUGUCCAGCAGCCUAGAUAGCCAAAAGCUGGUGCGUGGGCACCAAAGAACUCUGUUGGAUUUCAUGGAAGAGGAUGAAAAUGGCGCUCCAGACCCACACGCUCCUAUGAAACACAAAGCUGAGCACGACAAUGCAACAGAUGAUCAUGCCAAGGGAGAGUAUCCUGAGGACCUUUUCUCUCUUGAGGAGAGAAGAAAGGGAGCGGUGAUCCUCCAUGUAAUUGGGAUGAUUUACAUGUUUAUAGCCUUAGCCAUAGUCUGCGAUGAGUUCUUUGUUCCUUCCUUGACUGUCAUCACUGAAAAGCUGGCCAUAUCUGAUGAUGUGGCAGGUGCAACCUUCAUGGCUGCUGGUGGGUCAGCCCCAGAACUCUUCACUUCUUUAAUAGGAGUGUUUAUAUCCCACAGCAAUGUCGGCAUCGGUACCAUAGUGGGAUCUGCUGUGUUCAAUAUCCUGUUUGUUAUUGGAAUGUGUGCUUUAUUUUCUAAAGAGAUCUUGAACCUUACUUGGUGGCCACUAUUUCGAGAUGUGUCCUUUUACAUCGUUGACUUGAUCUUGCUCAUCAUCUUUUUUCUGGAUAACUUGAUCAUGUGGUGGGAAAGCUUAACUCUCCUGACAGCAUAUUUUUGCUAUGUGACUUUUAUGAAGUUCAAUGUUCAAGUAGAAGAAUGGGUGAAGAAAUUUUUAAACAGGAACAAAGUUGAGAAGGUAGCAACAGCAGAUGCCGAAGGAAAGUCACCUAGUGCUGGCGACAAGGAUGACCAAACACUGACGACCAAGCCACGGCUCCAGCGGGGAGGAAGCUCUGCGUCUCUCCACAACAGUCUAAUGAGGAACAGCAUCUUCCAGCUCAUGAUUCACACACUUGACCCGCUUGCUGAAGAGCUUGGAUCAUAUGGAAACCUAAAAUAUUAUGACACAAUGACUGAAGAAG